UCAACUAUAAUCUAUCUUGACCAGCGCCAGUGCGUUGUCGUAUAUAGCUGUUUGUACUUUUAAUCUACAUCAAUCCCCGUGGCGAGCAUCCAGGUGCUGCCACCGCAUACAGGACACACAACGCUCCCCUUCCAUUGACAGACGCACAAAGUCAUGUCGCCAGACGAAGCAAAGAUGCACCAUCAGCUGUCCAAGAAGCAGAAAAUCCUGGCAUUCCUCAAGACGGUUCCUGACCGAAUCCCAGAGAUCACAAUUUCGCGGGCCGUAUUCUACAGCAUAUUCCUGGUGUACCACUUUGUGAUGCUGGGAAUCUACUUGCGCGGCACCAGCGACAGCCUGGCUGCAAUGGACAUCAUCAUGCUGGACCUGGCGAUUGCGCUGUUAGCGCAGUGCUAUGAGACGAUGCGGUUCCUGCGGCUGACGUUCGUGCCCCGGUUUAUCAACUUUGAGCGCAACAUUGCGGUGCACCGGCUCAUGGGUCUGUUUGUGGUCAAGUUCUCGCUCAUCCACACAGUGGGCGAGUACAAGGGCCUGUACGAGGUGUCCAAGUCGUUCUUCUCGCAGCAGACAUACAGGUGGUACCUGCUUGAGCGGACAUCCGGGUGGACCGGGCACUUGCUGCUUGUUUUGCUUAUUGUCAUGAUGGUCCUAUCGAUCGGUCCUAUUCGGCGCAAGCACUACGAACUGUUCCGCUUCAGUCACCAGAUCAUCUUCGUCAUCGAGCGUGCCAAGAUCCACAAGUAUGUCUCUGGUCCCCUGGCGCUGUUUGUGCUGGACAAGGCCUGGCGGUAUGUGCGGCGCAUUCGUGGGCUGGCCCAUAUCGAGUGGGUCCGGUUCUUCCCAGGCCAGGCUGUCGAGGUGCGUAUCUACGGGCCGUCAAUCAGGUUCCGCCACGGCCAGCACCUGCGAAUCAACUGCCCCGACCCCGCCGACCCGGAUGGAUACACAUUCCAGCUCAAGGUGCGUGGUGACUGGUCACUGGCCUUUGCCCAGCGGCUAGGCGCACCUGAGUGGUUCUUGGAGGAGUGCCGGGUCGAAAAGGCUCGCGCUGAGGCUGAGGCCAAGAAAAAUAAGGCGAGGCGUAACAAGAAAAUCAAGAAGCACAUGCGGUUCUCGCGCAGCAAUCUGUUCAAGAUACAUGCGCCGCAUGUCACUGUGCACACCGACAUGAGCAAGCCUGCAUACACAACUGUGCGCGAGACCCACGACAUGCCCAAGAUCUGCAUCGACGGUCCUUACACUGGCACACUUGAGUAUGCGACCAACUACAAGCAGGUGGUGCUGGUUGCUGGCGGCAACGGCCUGAACCCAAUGGUCUCGUAUCUGUACGCUGUGGUUGGCCAGCUCAAAAAGCAGGCAGCCAAGGCAAAGCAAACUGGGUCGACCGAGGCGCCUGUGCCGCCCAAGAUCGAUCUUAUCUGGGUAGUCCGGUCCAAGGGCUGUCUCAGCUGGUACCCUGAUCUGUGGCAGAUGCUGCGCGAGUCUGGGCUGGAAAUCAACAUGCACCUGCACUAUACACGCAAGGCUCUGACAGACGAGGAUGAUGCAGACACCAGUGUGCGUGCCAGCUCCUCUGACAGUGUGCAUGAAAUCGACAGCGUAAGCAAUGCAGGUGACGAGUUCAGCGAUGCCGGAUUCAACGAGCUGGGCAAGGUGCGUUUUGGCAGGCCACAGCUGAAGAGCAUCAUCGGAGAUAUUGCACAGGACGCACCGCACAAGCGCAUUGGUGUGUUUAUCUGUGGGCCGCCCAAGCUGUGCUCUGACACCAGCCGGGCCUCUCACUACUGGGCGUAUCGGCUGGUGCGCCAGCAGCGCACCUGGCUCGAGGUCCACGACGAGCCGUACUAGCACCUCUAUUCUUGCCACAACUAGAAAUAUA